GCAUUCAAGAUGAGCUUGUCAGAAAAUAAUCACCUCUACAAGGGAUGCCUCUGGCAGCCUGGGGCAGUAAAGGUCCAUGAUAAAAGCCAGCCCAACUCCUCACUUCCUCAGCCACUUCUCUUGCCUCCUUCUCCUUGGGAACCAGGUGAGUGAACCUCUGCCCCAAGACAUGUCCUGCUACGACCAGUGCCAGCCCUGCCAGCCCUGCCAGCCCUGUGGCCCAACCCCGCUGGCCAACAGCUACAAUGAGCCCUGUGUCAGGCAGUGCCAGAACUCCACCGUCGUCAUCCAGCCCUCCCCCGUGGUGGUGACCCUGCCCGGCCCCAUCCUCAGCUCCUUCCCACAGAACACCGUUGUGGGCUCCUCCACCUCCGCUGCUGUUGGCAGCAUCCUCAGCUGUGAUGGAGUGCCCAUCACCUCUGGGUGCUGUGACCUCUCCUGUAUCACCAGCCGCUACUGUGGCCGGAGAUGCCUGCCCUGCUAA